UUGCCAGGAAUUAUCCAAAGUGUGUACGCGCCAAAACGACACGCGACUUCGCUCCCGACGGUAUUAUCUCCUGAGGUGCUCACGCUCGCUUUAAUAUUACAAUAAAUCCGCGGAUUACGGACUUUUUAACGCUCACUGUCACGCGUGUGUCAUCUUGUUUUAUUUUUAUUAUUUUUUUUCUUUUAUGUGCAAAGUUUGACUUUCUGUGAUAGUGUUUUGUGAUUUUGGAUCUUUUUCCGUCACGGAGCUUCAUCAUUGAAAUAUAUAAAGAAGUUUUAAAGGCCUGAAGAUUCUGCCUUCGCAGCAACUGAGCGCUGCGGUCGCUCCAUGGCCGGGCGCCACCGGCCUUUUGGCCUCUGUUACCGCUGACGAUAUGGCACAUAAAGGCCACAGCGGAGUUAAUCAACUGGGCGGCGUCUUUGUCGGAGGUCGACCUCUGCCAGACUCAACCCGUCAAAAAAUAGUCGAGCUAGCGCACUCAGGAGCACGACCCUGUGAUAUUUCGCGGAUCCUACAAGUCAGUAAUGGCUGCGUCUCCAAAAUCCUCGGCAGGUACUACGAGACUGGAUCAAUCCGGCCGCGGGCAAUCGGCGGCAGCAAACCGCGAGUAGCUACCGCAGAAGUUGUCGGUAAAAUUUCGCUGUACAAAAGCGAAUGCCCGUCAAUAUUCGCAUGGGAAAUUCGCGACCGGUUGCUUCAAGAAGGCGUCUGUACAAAUGACAACAUCCCGAGUGUAUCGUCGAUUAAUAGGGUGCUGAGGAAUCUCGCAGCCCAGAAGGAACAGCGGCAGCAGCAUCAUCAGCAUCAGCAUCCCCAGCAACCGGUUGGAGUGGGAACUCCUGAUAGCGUUUAUGACAAAUUGAGGCUGCUUAAUGGACAGAGUAGUUGGCCGAGACCGAAUCCCUGGUAUCCGACGGGAGCUGGAAGUCCGUUUCCUUCGUUGCAGCCGAGUCUGAGUCCGAGUCACUGCACGACUUUGCCAGUUGAUCCUGAUCUUCAUGCGAAAAAAGUGGCCGAAUUGGAAGGGGGAGCUCACUCUGAUGAAACAAACAGCGGGGGCGAUAACAGCAACGCGGGAAGCAUUUCUGGUGGGGCUGAUGAUGACCAGGCGAGGCUUAGGCUCAAGAGAAAGCUGCAGAGAAAUCGCACCAGUUUUACUAAUGACCAGAUUGAUGCGUUGGAGAAAGAGUUUGAACGGACUCAUUAUCCUGAUGUGUUUGCUAGAGAGAGACUCGCUGGGAAAAUUGGCCUGCCGGAGGCCAGAAUACAGGUCUGGUUUUCGAAUCGCCGCGCAAAGUGGAGACGCGAAGAAAAAUUACGAACUCAAAGAAGAGAUAAUCCACCAUCACAGCAACAGAGCCAACAGCAAACUGGACACUCGGGAGUGCAUCUAGUAGGUGGCCAUCCAACCCCUCCGCCACCUACGGGAAUUCUGGGAGCACAAGCACCACCACAAGUCCCUCCCUCGCCUCCAAGAAUUCAUCAUGGAUUUGCGCCAAGUGUUUAUCCAGGGAUUCCGAGCAUGCCUGACUCUUACAGUCCCAUGACGUCGAUGCCAAACUUCAGUAUGUCGCAGCAGAGUCAGCAGCAUACCACCAGCAUGUCGUCACUCACAACCGGGGGCAUGGGUCACAUGGGAAUGACCGUCGGGAUGACCGUAGGUCCAAGUCCAGCAGCGUGUCUUCAUCAACGAGACAACGGAUACUCUUGCGGAGUGGCACGACCACCAAGUUACGAGCCUCUUCAUCUAGGAUAUGGGUCACGACCCAGCUGUAGCCCGACCCAGCCGUACCACACACCCAGUCUGAACCAGUACAACCAGAAUGCCAGUUCGACCGGUUUGAUUUCCCCGGGUGUCAGUGUCCCAAUUGCUGUACCAGGUCAUCAGCCAACUCCAGACAUGGCUGCACAGUACUGGAGCCCGAGGCUCCAGUGAUCCUGGUGGUCAACCAGCUUGGCCGCAUCGCAAAACUGACUUACCAACCGUCGGUAAAAACUCGGUCGGUAAUUUUUUUUAUCAAGACUUGGAUUACGGUCUUGGUGAUACUGGACGUACUGCCACCCGUUUUAAUUGAAAUUUUAUUAUUUAUGAUAUUAUAUAUAAAUAUAUAUAUAUACAAAUAUAUAUUAACAAUCGUUAAGUUUGUUAAUUAACUAGAUAACCAAUAUCAGUUAUGGAUUUUAUUUGGAUAGGAAAAUUAUUAGUUAGUCAAAUAGUUAUUAAGCCCGACAUAUAAUUAUUAUUAAUUGAUUAAUUAAUUAAUUAUUAUUAUUAUUAUUAUUAAUAUUAUUAUUAUUAUUACUAAUAUUAGUGAUAUUUAUCGGUGUAAUAAAAGAGGUUGCUGUUAAAUAUCUAGCUAAGAAAAUUCAUUUUUUAAGGUUAUAAUUGUAAUUGUGUAAAAAAAUGUGAAUUUUUGAGAGGAAG